AUGGACGCGUUAUUCGUCCCUCUUGCUCAAGUAGCUGGCGCGUCCGUCGACCAGAUAAAGCUGAUUUCUUGUCUGCUCAUCGCGUUUCCUUUGGGAUCCGUAUUCGUUCGCAUUCCUUCGAGCAAGCCGCAUCUGAAGCACCUCUUCAAUAUCGCUAUCACUCUUUUCUUCUUCCUGCCGGUUCUCCAGAUCCCGCAUGCGUUCUUCCAGCUGUUGGGUAGUGUGUUGGCGGCGUAUACUAUUGCAAAGUAUCAUACGGGGCCGAGUAUGCCUUGGAUCGUCUUUGUGGUUACUAUGGGACACUUGACUGUCAACCAUACGAUACGCUACCUCCUAGCACAGAGCUACGAGACGAUGGACGUUACUGGCCCCCAGAUGGUGUUGACCAUGAAGCUGACGACGUUUGCUUGGAAUGUGUAUGAUGGUCGGCGGCCUGUUCAGGACCUCGACAAAUGGCAAACUUCGAAGCGUAUUCCGACUUACCCAUCCCUUCUCGAGUUCUUGGGUUAUGCGUUCUACUUCCCUGGUGUCCUCGUCGGACCAUACCUCGAAUAUGUCGACUAUAUGGAGCUCAUCACUGAAAAACUAUACGAAGGCCAUGUCAAGGAGAAUGCCAAACGCAAUCUUCCGAGCGGACGCAAACGCGUUGCCUACCGUAAGAUGGUCGAGGGCCUCGUGUAUCUCGGAAUCUUUGUCUUGUUGGGCGCCAAGUACAACUUUGCGACAAUUUUGACGCCGUGGUUCGCAGAGCAGAAUAUGUGGUGGAGGUUGCUUUGUUUCCAACCGUUUGGUACCCUUGAGAGGAGCAAGUACUAUGCCGUGUGGACCCUUACGGAAGCUUCACCGGCUACAACGCUUCCUGGCGCAUCGACCUGGACUGGCGCCGCGAACGUUAUACCAUCCGCCAUUGAGAUCCCUUCCAAUUUCAAGGUUCUCUUGGACUCGUGGAACAUGAAGACCAACGUCUGGCUCCGCGAGUGUGUGUACAAGCGCGUCACGCCUAAGGGGAAGAAACCUGGCUUUGCAAGUAGCAUGAUCACCUUUGCGACUAGCGCGUUUUGGCAUGGCGUGGCUGGUGGCUACUACCUUACUUUCAUCUUGGGUGGGUUCAUCACCACCGCGGGACGUCUCGCGCGUGCCAACGUCCGGCCGCUCGUCAUGCCUGCUGAAGGUCAGCCUACGACGGUCGCAAAACGUUUGUACGACUUGGCUGGUACGAUUAUCACGGUGAUGAUGGUCAACUAUGUCGCUGUGCCGUUUAUGCUGCUCACGGUGAAGGAUUCCUUGGUCGCGUGGUACCGCCUGGCGUUUUACGGACACAUUUUGAUUUUCUCAGCCCUGGGCUUCUUCUAUGCGGGUGGUGCGAAGAUGUUGCGGGCGAAGAAGGGAGGAGGGAAGGCUACGCCAAAUGGUAGUGGGUCGACUACACCGGUUGGUGAGAAGACGUUUACGAUGCCGCCUUCGUUGGAUUCGGUUAUGCCACCUAGGAAGUAGGAGUGAGGUGUAUAUAGAGGGAGUUAUGUUGUGCUUUGUCGGAGUCAAAAUCGUUCAUGAACGAAAUAAUAUAUUUUUUUGGAUUAUUCAAGUUCGAAGAGAAGUUUCAGUUCCAAGUAUGUUCAGAGUUCUUUCGUUAUCAUAAGGGAUGUGAAAGCAUGUGCAUAAUAUUAUCAAUGUCAUAACACAUAGCAUACACAAACGACAACGUCGCAGUCGCCUGCAAGCCGACU